AUGGAGACGGCAGUGAUUGGGGUGGUACUGGUGUUGUUCGUGGUCACUGUGGCCAUCACCUGCGUCCUCUGCUGCUUCAGCUGUGACUCAAGGAUCCAGCAUCCUCAGGGGGGUCCUGGCCACAGCUUCACCGUGGCCACAUUUCGCCAGGAGGCUUCUCUCUUCACCGGGCCUGACCGCCACUCCCUGCCAGCACCAAGUGCCCGGGACUUCUGGACCUUCAUGUGA